GGAAAUUAACUAAGUAGGAAACCCUUUGGUCUAAUAUUUGUUUGCAGAGCAACAAGUAGAUUGUCAGUGCAGCUAUUCUUGAGAUGCUAUCUACAGCCAUGCAGUACUACUGUCCCACUGGACCUCAAGCUCCAAAGACUGCAGGCAUGCCCUACUAUGUUGGUGACCCUCUGCCAUCUCCAACAUUCCUCUCUCAUCAUAGUCCCCUGUCUCUGUACACAAGACCACCACAUGCACAGUUCCCUUUCUCUGCUCCACAUUCAAUGAUGACACAAGGCCUCAUCACUACUGCGCCUGCGAAGCCGAUAUCACUAUCAAACGAUGCAGCUGCUGCCACUCUUCUCGCUAUCGGGCAACAACAACUAACGGCUAGAGAAGCAGGCUCUCCGGGUGGGAACAGUAAAGCCGUCAAAGCAGAACAGAUGAGCCCUGAAUCGGCUGCUACACCACCUAUUUCAGUCACAAAUGAAGCCGAUUCAAGCACAACAAAUGAACGCUAUGAAUCUCCUCAAGAACCGGCUUCCAUUUCAAUAAUACCUGUCUCGGAACAGCAGGAUACAAGCUACCCUACAAAUGCCAGCCAGUACACAGAAGCAGCGAGGAUAUCCUUCCCCCCUCAAUUCGACGUAGCCUAUUCUCAAACAUCAGCUUUUCCACUUCCCCCCUAUACACACUCUCCUACUUACACUCAACCUCUAAGUGGCUACACAACCAUUCGUUAUCCGGCAACUGCUCAAGCUAUGGCUCCUCCGAUUGGCUACAUUCCUCAACUUCCUCCUCGAAGAGAUGAAAUAUUCCCUCGAAACAACUCAUGUCACAUGUGUGGGAAGACAUACGCUCGACAAUCGACUUUGAAGACACACCUUCGCUCACAUUCUGGUGAAAAGCCGUACCAGUGUUCGAUUUGCCAGAAAUCCUUUACACAAGCGGCAAACUUGACUGCACAUCUGCGCACGCACAGUGGAGAGAAGCCAUUCAAGUGCCCGAUAUGUAACCGGGGGUUUUCCCAGAGCAGCUCAGUCACUACGCACAUGCGGACUCACUCUGGAGAUCGUCCCUACAAGUGCAGCGUUUGCAACAAAGGAUUUGCCGAUAGCUCUACACUCACAAAGCAUUUCCGUACGCACACCGGGGAGAAACCCUAUCAGUGCAAAAUCUGUGAUGCCCGUUUCUCUCAGAGUGGGAACCUGAAUCGUCAUAUGCGUACUCACAGAAAUCACUUUCCAGUUCUUGGACAUUUGCAGUAGCUGUACUAAUCACUCAUCACUGAAGGCAUGUAUCAGUUGAAUGUUUAUCAUAGCCCGUUCAUGUCAAUUGGACAGUUAAGUAUGUUCCUAAGUCACUUCCACCAAUGUUUUUCGUUCUUCCUCACACUUAUUAGACAUACUCAUCAUUUUUUGUACACAUUCACAGCAUUCAGUAGAUAGCAUAUUUUUCUGAUCAGAAUUCAUCAUAAGUAUGUACAGGUACCUCAAAUUCAUCCAUGUGAUACAUGACUAUAA